UUAUCUCCUUAUUGUUAUUUAUAUUCCACAUGGAGCUUCAAUUAGGUUUGGAUCUUCCAACUAUUCAUGAUGAUCAUCAUAAUCAUCAUGAUAGUAUAGAGUGUUGUGAAUUGUGGAGUAGAGGAAUUGGUUUUAGUAGUAGUGAAAGUAACAAAAAGCAUGUAAGAAAGAAGCGUAGCUUUGAAGAUUAUGCCUUUGGACAAUGUUCUUUGAACAAGACUACUUUGCCUUUGCUAGUAUGGAGUGGACACCCAAAUGAGGAAGAAGAAGAUGACUCUAAUAAUGGAAACAUUCAUAGAAGGAAUAUUCACUUAUCAAACAAGAAUGAAGGGGAGGAAAAUCAUUUGGUGGGGUGGCCACCAAUUAAGUCAUGGAGGAAGAAAGAACUAAAUCAUCAUCAUCAAUAUCCUACAAUAAUAAGGAACCAUAAUAGGAUGAUGCAAGCAACAAAUCAUGAGAAUCAAAAUAGAAGAGAAGAGACAAACUCUUUUUAUGUUAAGGUUAAUAUGGAAGGGGUAACAGUAGGAAGGAAGAUUGAUUUGAUGCUUUACAAUUCUUACCAGACUCUUACACACACUUUGAUUACUAUGUUUGCUAAAUACCAAGAUUUUGAGGAAGAUGGAGCAAGUUAUAAACUCACCUUUCAGAAUGAACAAGGAGAUUGGUUGCUUGCUGGACAUGUUCCAUGGCAAUCAUUCAUUGGUACCGUGCGGCGUUUGGCGAUAUUAAGGAAUGAAAAAUGAAACUAUUAAUUAAUUUGGGUCGGUCGAAUCAGCUCACUCAUCUACUUAAGUAAGUAGUAGGGAGUUUGAAUUCUGUCUUGUGCAUGCAACAAUCCA